UACUGAUAUAGAUUACUUAGUAAAGGCGCCAAAUUGUAUUCUUGAUAAAAGCUAUCGAUCAAUUUGCACAACAUAUGUAUGAAUCGCUUUACACCGCCAAGACGCGCAAAAAAGUGCUUGUCUCAGCUUAAUGUUUUUAAAUAAUAGCAAAAAUGUCGAAGAGAAAGGCAUUUGAAUUGGAAGACAAUGAGGAAAAUCGAGACGCACUCAACCAACGUUUCGAAACGUUAAUGAAAGAAAUCGAGGACAUGGGCAAAACCAUUAUUUUAAACACAAGACAAGAAAUAUUAACCGAAAAUAACAAUAAUAUAAUUGUCAACAACCCGCGCAAACGCAAAAAGGAAAACAAACCAAAUAAUAUCUUCAGCUUUGACGUCUCACCUACUUAUAUUAAGAAUGGUGCCAUGCGCGAUUAUCAGUUAACAGGACUUAAUUGGCUGAUCUCGCUGUAUGAAAACGGUAUCAGUGGCAUACUGGCAGAUGAAAUGGGUCUAGGCAAGACCUUACAAACCAUAUCGCUAUUGGGUUAUCUGAAGCAUCACAAAGGUAUAGACGGUCGUCACAUUGUCAUUGUACCGCUUUCCACCCUACAAAACUGGGUAAACGAGUUUCACAAAUGGUGUCCUUCAAUGCGUGUUAUAACUGUGAUUGGUGAAAGGAAGCAGCGUAAUAAGUUCAUCAGGGAAGUUUUCGCAGCUGGCGACUGGGAUGUCUGUGUUACCUCUUACGAUAUAUGCAUACAUGAACAGAGAAUACUGCGGAUGUUUAGCUUGCAAUAUCUCAUCGUUGAUGAGGGGCAUCGUCUGAAGAAUGAGAACUCAAAGCUUGCAAAAAUAUUGCGUACUACGGAGAGCCAGAAUCGUUUGCUGUUAACAGGCACGCCUGUAAACAAUAAUUUACAUGAACUGUGGUCGCUCUUGAACUUUCUGAUGCCGAAUACGUUCAACUCUGCCGAGGACUUUGAUGAUUGGUUCAGCACGCAGCAAUGUUUGGGAGACGAUGCGCUGGUCACUCGCCUGCAUAAUCUGCUUAAGCCCUUUCUGCUGCGGCGCCUUAAGGCGGUGGUUGAAAGCAAUCUGAAGCCUAAAAUUGAAAUCAAAGUCUUUGUGGGCACGUCACAAAUGCAACGCGACCUUUACGAGCGUAUACGCACAAACAGUUUUGAAAAACCAUCAACAAUGGAUGGUUCUAUGACUAAAGUAAAUUUUUAUAACUUACUUAUGCAUCUGCGCAAGUGCAUCAAUCAUCCUUAUCUGUUUGACGGCCUCGAGCCAGGUCCACCGUAUACCACGGACAUGCAUAUUUUAGAGAACUCCGGCAAAAUGUCUGUAUUGGAUAAAAUGUUACCAAAGCUCAAGGCGCAGGGAUCGCGUGUAUUGAUCUUCAGUCAAAUGGUAAAAAUGCUGGACAUUUUGGAUGACUAUUGCACAUGGCGUGGCUAUGAAUUCAGUCGUUUCGACGGCGGCUACUUGCACAAAUCUCGUAAUACUGAAAUUGAUGAAUUCAAUAAGGAGAAUAGCAGCAAGUUUAUUUUCUUGUUGUCUACGCGUGCUGGAGGAUUGGGUAUAAACUUAACCACUGCCGAUGUGAUCAUCUUUUAUGACUCGGAUUGGAAUCCACAAAUGGAUCUGCAGGCCAUGGAUCGUGCUCAUCGCAUCGGCCAGAAGAAGCAAGUGCGUGUCUUUCGAUUAAUUACCGAAAACACUGUAGAAGACAAGAUAUUAGAGACUACUGAACGCAAACUCAAGCUGGAUCAACGUGUUAUACAAGAUGGACAACUGGUGAAUAACUUUGGUAAACUACAAAAAGAAGAAGCGAUGGAACUUGCACGAUUUGCCUUCAGUCAUGUAUUUAGUUUAAAAAAAACGCUAACAGAUAAAGAAAUUGAUAAAAUAGUUGCUAAUCCCAACGUUAAAUAAU